AUGGGCGACUCAAAACUCUACACGAGAGUCAAAGCAUCAGACAUACUCACAGAGCUCAACAAUUAUGAGAAAAAACCAAAGUCCUCGGUCUAUCGUAAAACCAUACUUAAGAAGAUCAUCAUCAACAUGUCUGUUGGUGAUAACGAGGUUAUUAUGUUGAUCAGUCAAGUAACCAAGAUCCUCAGCGACCUUGGUCCAACUGAUAGUGAAAUCAAGCAGCUGUGCUAUUUCUAUCUUACCAAUUAUUGGAGACAUAAACAGGAGGAGACUUUGCACGCUUUACCGUUCAUUGUGAACGACUAUGAGACAAACAAAAAGACCUCUGACAACGACACAUGUCUAGCAAUUCGUACAAUGGCAUCAAUUCACAUUGCCAACUAUCUCAAUAGUCUUGUCCCCAUUCUAGAGGAGUCUUUACAGCGCGAAAUAAGCGGGAAAAUACGCAAAACAGCAGCUUAUGCCGUUGCCGAGAUCUUUAAUGUAAAUGAAAAGCGGGACCCGGAAUCAAACCGCCGUCUUCUGAUGUUGUUGAACGAUAUGUUGGCCGAGGAAGACGAUGCGAGUGUUGUAUCUGCUGCUUUGAGUGCCUUGAGAGAAAUUACUGACAAAUCUGAUACUCUUAAACUUAGCAUCGACUCUAAUCAUGCUGUUAAAUUGGCCAAUAGCCUCACCGGUUGCGGCGAAUGGUCACAGGUAUCGAUCCUCAGCUCUCUAUUGUCGUUUAUUUCGCAGGAUCUAAAGACGGCGGCUCAUCUCAUUGAUACCGUGCUACCUUAUUUGCAAUCAGAGAACUCAUCCAUCGUUCUGAACGCUCUCAAAGUGGUAGUCUAUCUUUCUCACUACGUAGACAACGUUUUAGACGUUUUCCCAGUGCUUCCCCAAUCCAUAUCUGGUGCCGUAGCAAAUUUGUUGCUGAAACCUGCCGAAAUCCAGUUCUUGGCUAUGAGAAACGUCAUUCUCUUACUAUUGGACAAACCGGCUCUAAUGGACUUGGAUAUACGAAUGUUCUUUUGCCAAUACGAUGACUUACUCUAUAUUAAGGACACAAAGUUAGAGAUAAUCUUUCUUCUGGCUUGCCAGGAAAAUAUGGACAUGGUUCUUGCUGAAUUGCAGGAGUAUGCAUUAGAAAUUGACGUACAAAUGGUGAGAAAGUCCAUCAGGGCUAUAGGAAACUUGGCCGUGAAAAUAGAUGCCACCAGUGACAAGUGCGUCUCUGUUUUGGCCGAUUUGAUUUCCAAUUCGAUUCCGUAUGUUGUCGAAGAGGUGGCCAUUGUAGCCAGAGACAUACUACGGAAGUACCCAGGAAAGUUCGACCAUUUGACUCAUCUUCUUGUCGAUAGGGUUGAUCUUAUUACUGAACCGGAAUCAAAGACUUCAAUUAUAUGGAUCCUUGGUGAAUAUAGUUCGUCUAUCUCUGACUCCAUCUAUCUACUCAAGAAGUAUGCUGCAAAUAUGCUCGAAGAACCUACGGAGACUCAGCUUGCCUUGCUAACUGCAAUUAUAAAAGCCCAUGUUUGUCAGCCUUACAACAAGGAAUUACAGGGAUUGGUUGAAAAUACUUUGAAAGACGUUACUCAGAAUACUAACCAUCCGGAUCUUCGUGAAAGAGCUUAUUUUUAUUGGAGACUUCUCUCGGCAAAGCUACCCAACGCCAUCGAUAUUAUCAAACCAAGACUUCUCAAGCUCAACACUGAGACAGAUGCAUUAUCGCCGGAUGUCUGUGAAGAACUCAACCUUUGUAUUGGUACGUUAGCAUCUAUUUAUCUAAGACCAGUUUCACAGGUGUUCAGACACGUGAAACCGGACAGACUAGUUGAUUCACCUGCAUUGGUACAUCAAGAUUUGAAAAGUCCUCAAGUUCGUGCCAAAGUCAGACGAUCCACCAUUAGAUCGAGGUCAUCUACUACAACUUCGCAGCAGUUAGGAAACCCCAGUAUCAACCGAAGUAGAUCCAGUAGUUUUAAACUUGACGAAAUUGUCAAGAAGCUUUCAUUAAAGAAGUGA